CGACCCGCCGGACCAUGUCCGCGCAGGGAGACUGCGAGUUCCUGGUGCAGCGCGCGCGAGAACUGGUGCAGCAGGACCUGUGGGCAGCCAAGGCAUGGCUCAUCACCGCGCGCAGCCUGUACCCCGCUGACUUCAACAUCCAGUAUGAGAUGUACACCAUCGAGCGCAACGCCGAGAGGACCAGCACUGCGGGGAGACUGCUGUACGACAUGUUUGUGAAUUUCCCAGAUCAACCGGUGGUGUGGAGAGAAAUCAGCAUUAUUACAUCAGCUUUAAGGAAUGAUUCACAGGAUAAACAAACCCAAUUUUUAAGAAGCUUAUUUGAGACUCUCCCUGGCCGGGUCCAGUGUGAAAUGCUGCUGAAGGUCACGGAGCAGUGCUUCAACACUCUGGAGCGGUCGGAGAUGCUGCUGCUGCUGCUCAGACGCUUCCCUGAGACGGUGGUGCAGCACGGGGUUGGCCUUGGGGAAGCGCUGUUAGAUGCUGAAACAAUUGAAGAACAAGAGUCUCCAGUUAAUUGCUUUAGAAAAUUAUUUGUUUGUGAUGUUCUUCCUCUGAUAAUUAACAACCAUGAUGUUCGAUUGCCAGCCAAUCUACUAUAUAAGUACCUAAACAAGGCAGCUGAAUUUUACAUCAAUUAUGUUACUAGGUCUGCUCAGAUAGAGAGUCAGCAUCAGGGUACCCAAGAAACAUCGGAUUUAAUGUCACCUAGCAAACGCAGCUCACAAAAAUAUGUAAUAGAAGGAUUGUCAGAAAAAUCAUCCCAGAUUGUGGACCCAUGGGAGAAGUUGUUUAAAAUCUUAAACAUUGUUGGAAUGAGGUGUGAAUGGCAGAUGGAUAAAGGGAGACGAAGUUAUGGUGAUAUUUUGCAUAGAAUGAAGGAUCUCUGCAGAUACAUGAACAACUUUGAUAGUGAAGCUCAUGCCAAAUAUAAAAAUCAAGUGGUUUACUCCACUAUGUUGGUCUUCUUUAAGAAUGCAUUCCAAUAUGUCAACAGCAUUCAGCCCUCCCUCUUCCAAGGUCCUAAUGCCCCAAGCCAAGUUCCACUAGUUCUUCUUGAGGAUGUAUCAAAUGUGUAUGGUGACAUCGAAACUGAUCGGACUAAACAUAUACAUAAAAAGAGAAAGCUAGCUGAAGGAAGAGAAAAAACCAUGAGUUCAGAUGAUGAAGAGUGUUCAGCCAAAGGAAGGAACCGUCAUAUUGUCGUCGAUAAAGCAGAGCUGGCUAACUCUGUUGAAGUGUUAGAAAGCCUCAAGUUGGCCAGGGAGAGCUGGGAACUGCUCUAUUCCUCGGAAUUCCUUGACAAAGAAUUUACAAGAAUCUGCUUGGCUUGGAAGACAGACACUUGGCUUUGGUUGAGAAUCUUCCUCACUGACAUGAUCAUCUAUCAGGGUCAGUAUAAGAAGGCAGUAGCCAGCCUGCAUCACUUAGCAGCUCUCCAGGGAUCUCUUCCUCAGCCCCAGAUGACAGGGCAGGGCACCUUGGAGCAUCAGAGAGCGCUCAUCCAGCUGGCCACCUGCCACUUCGCUCUCGGGGAAUACCGAAUGACAUGUGAAAAAGUCCUUGAUUUGAUGUGCUACAUGAUACUCCCAAUUCAGGAUGGAGGCAAAUCUCAGGAAGAACCUUCAAAAAUAAAGCCCAAAUUUAGGAAAGGUUCGGAUCUGAAGCUUCUGCCUUGUACCAGCAAAGCUAUCAUGCCAUACUGCCUGCAUUUAAUGUUAGCUUGUUUUAAGCUCAGAGCCUUCACAGACAGCAGGGACGACAUGGCCCUGGGGCACGUCAUUGUACUGCUGCAGCAGGAGUGGCCUCGGGGAGAGAAUCUCUUCCUGAAAGCCGUCAAUAAGAUUUGCCAACAAGGAAAUUUUCAAUAUGAAAACUUUUUCAAUUAUGUUACAAAUAUUGACAUGCUGGAGGAAUUCGCCUAUUUAAGGACUCAGGAAGGUGGAAAGAUUCAUCUGGAGUUACUGCCCAACCAAGGGAUGCUCAUCAAGCCUUCUAGCCCUCCCAUGGGGUUGCUGCAGCAGGAAUUCUUACCUGUGCUUCAGCCCAGCAUACAGACUGCCGACAGGCACCACACGGUCACUCGGGGCAUCACCAAGGGCGUGAAGGAGGACUUCCGCCUGGCCAUGGAGCGCCAGGUGUCCCGCUGCGGGGAGAACCUGAUGGUGGUGCUGCACAGGUUCUGCAUCAACGAGAAGAUCCUGCUGCUCCAGACGCUGGCCUGACGCUUCCCACCAACCCGGGCCCGCAGUGUCCGAGUAGGCAGCCAGCUGCUCUGGUGAAAGUGCUUCCCAGGAAUCUGAAAAGCUAGUUCUAUUUUUAAGAGAGUUUUUCUUUUUGUAAUUUUUGUAAAAUAUCAACCCAUUUUGUAAAUAAAAUUUAUCCUAAA